UAUAUUGUCAGACCUAGUCGUACAGAAAGAGGAAACUGAAAAUCUAUGGAAGCAAAAGUUUACGACUGAACAACAAAACCUUGACAAAUUGAAGGCAGGGCUGAAGGAAGAAAGAGAAGAUCUGGACAGAGUGAAUAAUAUGAUGAACAAAGAAAAAGCAAACUUGGAGCAGAUGAGGUCUGAUAUCCUGAACCAAACCGAGCAAUUAGAACAAGAUAAACGAGAUAUAAAGGACGAAAAAGAAAAGUUGGAAGUCACAAAGACUAGGCUACAAAAGAAGAACGAACAGGCGGAGAGACUGUUAGAUGAGAUUAACAGAGAGAAAAUCAACAUUAAAGAUCUGACCCUUCAGGUUCAGAGACAACAAAACAAACUUGAAAAUACCAUUACCAAGAUUAAUGUAAAAAAAGAAGAACAAGAAGUACAGGAUGACACCAUCAGACAAGUGAAACAACAACUGGAAAGCAGUGAGAUGAACGUACUGGCAGAAAGAAAAGAAGUGGAACGUUUAAGGAAAAAUCUCAACAAGAUGAAGGAAGAAGUUGAAGCAACCAUGAACAGCAUGAGUGGAGAGAGGGAAGUGCUCAGUCAAAUGAGGAUUGACAUUGACAAAGACAGACAAAUGAUUUCGAAUGAAAUGGACAAACUGGAAAGGGAAAGGUCUGAGAUGACAACGAGAGAACAUCAUGUCAUGAAUAAAAUGAAAGUCAUAGAAAGUGCACAAGUAAAACUUCAGCAUCUGAAUGAAAGAAUGAGUGAUGACAUCAAACAAAAAAUGCAAAGUUUACAACAAACCAGUGAAGAUAUGCUAAUAGCGUACACUUCAAUUGAAGAAAAGUUGUCAGAACUUGAUGGACAAGAAGAAAAUAUGGCUUGUUACACUGAACUGUUACACAGAGAAAAGGAAGGUCUGAUAAGUAUAUUGUCAGGCUUAGUCAUACAGAAAGAGGACAUUGAAGAUCUUUGGAAGCAAAAGUUUACGACUGAAAAACAAAACCUUGACAAAUUGAAGGCAGGGCUGAAGGAAGAAAGAGAAGAUCUGGACAGAGUGAGUGAUACAAUAAACAAAGAAAAAGCUAACUUGGAGCAGAUGAGGUCUGAUAUACUGAAACAAACGGAGAAAUUAGAACAAGAUAAACGAGAUAUAAAGGACGAAAAAGAAAAGUUGGAAGUCACAAAGACUAGGCUACAAAAGAAGAACGAACAGGCGGAGAGACUGUUAGAUGAGAUUAACAGAGAGAAAAUCAACAUUAAAGAUCUGACCCUUCAGGUUCAGAGACAACAAAACAAACUUGAAAAUACCAUUACCAAGAUUAAUGUAAAAAAAGAAGAACAAGAAGUACAGGAUGACACCAUCAGAAAAGUGAAACAACAACUGGAAAGCAGUGAGAUGAACGUACUGGCAGAAAGAAAAGAAGUGGAACGUUUAAGGAAAAAUCUCAACAAGAUGAAGGAAGAAGUUGAAGCAACCAUGAACAGCAUGAGUGGAGAGAGGGAAGUGCUCAGUCAAAUGAGGAUUGACAUUGACAAAGACAGACAAAUGAUUUCGAAUGAAAUGGACAAACUGGAAAGGGAAAGGUCUGAGAUGACAACGAGAGAACAUCAUGUCAUGAAUAAAAUGAAAGUCAUAGAAAGUGCACAAGUAAAACUUCAGCAUCUGAAUGAAAGAAUGAGUGAUGACAUCAAACAAAAAAUGCAAAGUUUACAACAAACCAGUGAAGAUAUGCUAAUAGCGUACACUUCAAUUGAAGAAAAGUUGUCAGAACUUGAUGGACAAGAAGAAAAUAUGGCUUGUUACACUGAACUGUUACACAGAGAAAAGGAAGGUCUGAUAAGUAUAUUGUCAGGCUUAGUCAUACAGAAAGAGGACAUUGAAGAUCUUUGGAAGCAAAAGUUUACGACUGAAAAACAAAACCUUGACAAAUUGAAGGCAGGGCUGAAGGAAGAAAGAGAAGAUCUGGACAGAGUGAGUGAUACAAUAAACAAAGAAAAAGCAAACUUGGAGCAGAUGAGGUCUGAUAUACUGAAACAAACGGAGAAAUUAGAACAAGAUAAACGAGAUAUAAAGGACGAAAAAGAAAAGUUGGAAGUCACAAAGACUAGGCUACAAAAGAAGAACGAACAGGCGGAGAGACUGUUAGAUGAGAUUAACAGAGAGAAAAUCAACAUUAAAGAUCUGACCCUUCAGGUUCAGAGACAACAAAACAAAUUUGAAAAUACCAUUACCAAGAUUACUAUUAAACAAGAAGAACAGGAAGUACAGGAUGACGCCAUCAAAAGACUAAAACUACAACUGGAAAGCAGUGAGAGGAGCGUACUGGCAGAAAGGAAAGAACUGGAACUUCUAAGGAAGAAUCUCAACAAGAUAAAGGAAGAAGUUGGAGCAAACAUGAACACCAUGAGUGGAGAGAGAGAAGUUCUCAGUCAAAUGAGGAUUGACAUUGACAAAGACAGACAAAUGAUUUUGAAUGUAAAGGACAAACUGGAAAGGGAAAGGUCUGAGAUGAUAAUGAGAGAACAUCAUGUCAUGAAUAAAAUGAAAGUCAUAGAAAGUGCACAAGUAAAACUUCAGCAUCUGAAUGAAAGACUGAGUGAUGACAUCAAACAAAAAAUGCAAAGUUUACAACAAUCCAGUGAAGAUAUGCUAAUAGUGUACACUUCAAUUGAAGAAAAGUUAUCAGAACUUGAUGGACAGAAAGAAAACAUGGCUCGUUACUCUGAGCUUUUAGAGAGAAAAAAGGAAGGUCUGAUAUUUUCAGGCCUAGCCAUACAGAAAGAGGAAACUGAAAAUCCAUGGAAGCAAAAGUUUACGACUGAAAAACAACAUCUUGACAAACUGAAGGCAGGGCUGAAGGAAGAAAGAGAAGCUCUCGACGGAAUGAAUGAGAUGAUAAACAAAGAAAAAACAGACUUGGAGCAGAUGAGGUCUGAUAACCAGAAACAAACUUACUCAUUAGAACAAGAUAAACAAGAUAAAAAAUAUGAAAAAGAAAAAUUGGAAGUCACAAAGACUGAGGUACAGAAGCAGAAACAAAACAUUUAUUGUCUCCUUGAUGACAUGAACCAACAAAAAGAACAACUGUAUGAAAUGAAGUCAACUACAGAAAGAGAGAGGGACAUGUUUUUAAAUGUAAAGAAUCGAAUGAAAGGAGAACAGUCUGAACCAACAAUCAGAGAAGAUUGGCUCACCAGUGUUAUGAACUCUAUGGGUAGUCUGAGAGCAAAACUCAAACAGGUGAAUCAAAGUACACAUGAAGACUGUAGAAAGAAUAUGGAUAGCUUAAAGCGCACAAGUGGAGCUCUACUUGGAUUGAAUUCAAUAUUGGAAGACAAAUGUGCUGAACUUGAUGAACUGAAAAAUAUAAUCACUGGUUAUCAUGACCUGAUACAAGGAGAGAAGAAAUACAUGGUAACAAUUACUUUUGACAAGGCAGUACAAACUGAAGUUGUAGAGAAAAAAUGCCUGCAACAGCAUUCUGUCAAGAAACAGGAUCUGACUAAACAUAAAGAGUUUGAAUGUGAGAGGGAUGUCCUGCAGUCAGAUGUUGCGAACCAGACUGAAGAUUUAGAGCAUCAGUGGAAGUUAAAAGAAGAUAAAGGUGAUCGUGAAAGAAAAGGUAAAAACUUGAAAACCCAGAGGGAUAGCCUGCUGAUGGUAGCAGAAGGAGAACUGGAAAAUGAACUGAAACAGAAGCUUGUAACACUGUCCAAGGUGGCGACAGAGCAAGAUCAUUUCACAGAUGAGAAAAUGUCAAAAAGAGAUCGUUUGCAAAAGAUCUGGUGGGACACUAAAAUGAAUCGGAAGGAGAUUGAUCAGAUGAAGUGCAGUGGUCAUGAAAUGAGAAAAAAUCUGGAGAAAAGAGUAAAGGUGAUCAAUCAGUUUUUGAAGAGAGCAUGGUCAAAGAAAGAAAAAGAACCAUUGGAGAAGACAACAUUGGAACAGGUACUUACUAAGAACACAUGUAAAUGUGAGUGGGAGAGAGACCACAAAAGACUUGAUGAAAAAUAUGCCGAGCUCCAUCAAGUUAAGGUUCAGAUGCUCAGUGAGAUUGAGAAACUCCGUAUCAAAGAACGUAAAAAACUUUUUAGGACGACAACUAGCAACAAAGCUAAUCAGACAUUCCAGUUGGAUAUAACCACAGAAAAUGAAGCAGUGCAGGCAAUUCAACAAGUGUCUACCAAAACACAUCAAGAGCAGAUGAGGAUAGAAGAUACUAAAACAUCUUCUGAGACAUCCAGUGGGCUACUCUGUCAGUUCUGGCAUUACUGCUGUCGUUGUUGCCGCCCUUGUUGUGCCUGCUGCAAGCAAGUGUGUCCAGAGGAGAAAUAAGAGACAGGUCUACGUCUCUGUAAUAUAUCUAUUUGGAUGAUUCUGGCAUCAAUUUAAAGUACAGCAUUUCUACUUUUCUCAAAUAGGUAUUAUACGUAAGCACUUGUAAUGCAAAGAUAACAUCUGAACAUUUGAUUUGGAUUUUUUCAUUAGUAUGUAUCGCAGUCUCAGGAAAUAGUUCUGUUUUGGCAGACACCUGAAACACUGAACAUUGUCAGGUUUCCGAAUUUAAAAGAAUUGCUCAAGUGAUAUCAAACUACUCUUUUGACACUUUUUAAAAUAAUCAUUAAUACUAAUAAAAUGUAAAGUAACUCUAAAUGCCAAGGUAUUUCUGCAGAUCAGAGUAGAUACAAAAUGUGUGAGGUUUGUGUGUGUCACAAUUAUUUUACCUUUACUCCCUUUGUUUGCAUAUGUAAAAAAAAAAAUUCUUGAUUAUGAAAUUAAGGUUUAAUAGUGUAUUUGAACCAUUUUAAGAGUGAGUGCUGUGGAAUAUUAUCAUAAUGUGUCAAACUAAGAAAUCCACUCUCGAUUACAGAAAAUCUUGAUGCUGUUAAAUGGAUUUCUUUCCCUUUUUGUUGUUGUUAUUGUGUUGGUUUGUUUUUCUUCUUCUUUGUCUUUCUUCUCUUCUUUUCAAUAUUCAGUUGUACCUUGCUGUGGUGAAGUUAUUUAAGAAAUCUAAACACAAUAUUGAAUUCAGGUAAAAAAUAAAUAAGUAAAAAAAAAAGUUGAGCCAUAAGACAGCUAAAUGAGCCUAAUGAACCUAAAUGUUGAAAGGUUCUGGAGAGGGAUAGCUCUGCUUUUAUGGUUAAAUCUAAAUACACAAAUCAUUUAUGUUAAAUCAUUUAAUUAUUUGAACAAACUCUCCUUUGUCAAAUAAAAUUAUCCACAUUA